CUUUAUCCCCCACUUCAAUUCAGAAUACAAGAAUUAUCUCUAUUCUUUUGCUAAGAGCAAUAAAUAGAUCUCAACGUUACAUCUAACUUAUCCCCCAUUACAUUGCACUCCUUCCUCAGCACUUACUUGGCUGAAGAGUGUAAUUCUCACUGGCCAGCGUCACUGCCCAGUUCAGUGAUGAAUAGAUUACAAAGCUCUUUAUCAAUAGCCAAGAGAAAGCGCCCGGAGGCUGAAAAGAAAUAAAGUAUAACAAAAUAGGCGAAGGAUCAGAUUGAAGCUGAACAAAACUUAUUAAAAAGCGAAAGAUACCCUACAACCUUUCUUGAAUUCAUCGAAACCUGCCAUAUACACAUAUUUCAACUGCUACAAGUCGAAACAAACAAAGCAUGCUCUACAGGAGGCUCAUUGAAGAGUGAAUGUUAUAGAUCUCACUGGCCAGCAUCACUGCCCAGUUCAGUUGUGAUGGAUAAAUCUCCAGAUUACAAAGCUCUUUAUCAACAGGCCGAGAGAGCGCGCGUGGAGGCUGAGAGAGCGCGCGCAGAGGCCGAGAGAGAGCGUGCAGAGGCUGAAAAGAAACAAAGUGUGAUAGAACAGGUAAAGAACCAGAUUGAAGCCGAACGAAACCUAUUGCAAAGCGAAAGACAGCCUACAACCUUUCUUGAAUUUAUCGAAACCUGCCAUGUACACAUAUCUCAGCCGCUACGAGUCGAAACAAACAAAGCACGCUCUACAGGAGGCUCAUUGACCAGUCCGAAAGGCCGCUUAUGCCCUAGUUAUCUACGACCAUGGAAAAACUUUCAUUGGGAACAGACCAAGAUAUAUGAAACCGCUAUUCAGCUGCUGCAGUCCUCUUCAAACCCUUGCCUUUUCUCUUCCAAAUACUCGAUUCACGAUCUAGGCCGUCGCCUGUGCCGCCGUCCAUUAGCGAGCGAGGAGGAUCUGCAGGGCUACCAGCGGUACGGAGUGGAGGACCAAGUUCGGGAAAUAAUUGAUGCCUUGCAGUCCGUUUCGGAUAUCUUUUCACCUGGGGAGGGGAUUGAAUUUGAUAACUACGUCAACGCCUUUGAUAAAGAAACCAACUCGGUGGAUGAUCAAGCGCGAAAGCGCUCUAUCCCUGAUCAAUUCUGUGUAUUUCGAAAGGGCGCAAACCGUACUCUACUCUUCAGCAUGGAAUACAAAGCUGGUCACAAAUUGACGGACAGAUAUCUGCGCGCAGGCUUACGACAGAUGGAAUUUUGGAAAGAAGUCGUGCAGCGAGUGACCAUACCGUCGGAGGGUGAAGAAAAACUAUUGUAUCAUGCCGAGCUGCUGACAGGCUCUGCAAUCGUCCAUGCCUACGAUGAUAUGAUCAAUCGAGGCACAUCGUUCGGCUGUCUGAUCACCGGCAACUGCCAGGUCUUCUUGCAUGUACCGGAAGAUCAACCUGACACGGUGGAGUAUUACUUGGCUGAACCGAACCUGGACGUGCAAGCGAUGCGAGACCAAGGCGACGACGAAUGGAUGUAUACACCGGUCACCGCAGUAGGGCGACUUUUUACCAUGUGUCUCAUGAGCAUUCAGUCGCCAAUGCGAAACCAACACUGGCGGAACCAAGUCAUUCCACAACUCCACGUGUGGGAGGUCGAUUUUGAGUACAUCCUUAGUCAACUCUCAGAUGAGGAAGUACAUUCCAGUCCCGCGGGAUCUGAAUAUCUGCCCUCGUCUCCGUUAGCUACCUCGAGUAGAAAGCGUCGCAAGCGUACCAGUUGCCGACCGGUGGAGAAGGGAGACUGCCCUCCUGACGACUCUGAUUCGGAAGAUAUUUCGCGGAAUCCCGACUCCACAGCAAGAAAACGUGCCUUGACCUUCUCUUCUUCACCCCCGCAACGUCAACAUCGAUCGGGCUGGCAGUUUAAGAGGACGGAUGAUUCGAUGCAAGAAUCUUUGGAUUUCUGUACUCAACGCUGCCUGCUGUCAUUGAAAACUGGUGACUGGCUGGAUGAAAAUUGUCCAAAUGUCGAUCGUCACCGAAAGGCUAAUAGCAAACGCCACCAGAUUCAUGUCUCUGACUUCUUGCGCCUACUCAAGUGCCAGCUAGAUAAUGAUUUGGACCACUACUGUGCCCCUUUUGGGGAAUCAGGGAUCAGCGGGUUCCCUUUCAAGAUCAGCUUGAUGCCGUUCGGAUAUACAAUAGUUGGAAAGGGGACCACCGACCGCCGGUGGCCUGUCGUACGACAAGAAGAAAACGUGUAUCAAAUCCUCCAUUCAGUGCAAGGCUCGGCUGUCCCCGUUUUCCUCGGCACAAUCGAUAUCGACUGGAUCUAUUUUUACGGAGGUGUUAGGAUUACUCAUUUCUUAAUCCUUUCAUGGGGUGGAUAUCCGUUUAAUCCACGCUUCUGUGAAGAGGAACGGCGGAACGAGUAUCAGCGAACAAAAAAAGAUAUUCGACGCUUGGGCGUGAUACAUGGAGAUCUACACGAAUCCAAUAUACUCUGGAAUACAGAGCUGGGUCGCGUACAGCUCAUUGAUUUUCACAAAGCUAAGCUAUCACCAUCCAACAAGCGAAAACAAGAUUCGUUGAAUUUGUCGCGUCCAAGGAAAAGGAUUUUUACGAAUCACGAAAGUGACCCCCAGCCCACACCGACCUUGCGGGGACCUGCCGCCGAACAUAUAAGAGACAUCUAAAAGCUCGUCGAAGCUCUUAGAUAGCAGAUCCGGGUGAUAAAGUUCUUGGAGUGCCCAGUCCUCUUUGCCUCGAUCAGCGGAUCCGCUUCAUUCCCUGCAUUCGUUGCAGGCCCCUUUGGCAUCAGUCACUCCGUCAACCAGUGUGAAACAGUUCUCGCGCUGGCGAAUGAUACUGGUCUUGCGGGUGUUUUCCCGUAAACCAAACAGCUUCUAUAUGGCUACAAUACAAUCUCUCUCCCUCCGAAACUCCACGUGUCAAUCGCUUAUUGAUGUCACGUUGCUUCUUUAUUACCUUUUUUCGUAGCAUUAG